GUUGAAGAUAUAUUUAUUCACACACAUCUCGACGCGUUACUCUCCAACGUCUUUGCUACUGAUCCCAUUUUCAAGCAGGAAUGGUCGAACGGAGCAUUGGGAUCCUCAAGAGGAGUUGUCGAUCUUAUCAAGCCGGAUUGGAUGGCGUUCGUCCGUCCAUGGUUCACACGAUCCGACCUCGUUGUGUGCGAGGUGAAGCCAGAGGGAAAGCAUAACUCGGGGCCGUCUCUGCCACGGUCAAAUUGGGCAUUGAAAUGCAGGCGAUGUUCAACGCACUAAUUGCUGAAGGCCUGGACGAUCCAUGUGUUUAUGGAAUAUUGGUGAAAGGAUAUACCAUGGAAAUUUAUGUCAUGGGUUUUUCCCGUUUAUCGCAAUUUGUUGCUCGUGUCCUAGGAAAUAGUCAAUGUGGUUGUCUUUUGAUCUGUCCUUUUUAUGACCACCCCCGUCAUUCCUCAUUCCCCGACACCGAACAUGCUAUUUACAAAUUAUCAUUUUCCUAUAACCCUUCCUCCGUUCCUUCCUAUUGAUCGUUGCCUGUCUUUUGCAAGAUCUUGGUCGGCUCACUGGAAGUUUAUUUUCGAUGCGGUGCCUUUCCACUAUGAAAACAUCUGCUGCGCUAUACAUCUUUUGGUCGCUUGAGAACAUUCUCUGAAUAUGUGUAUAUAAUUUAGUUUUCUACCCCGCUUCAUCGCUGAUCUUGGGCGAGCCGCUCACCAGAUGUUUGUUUCAAAUAAAAAUUUGGACCGCUGGUCCCCUACUAAAAAAAAAA